AUGGACCCAAAAUGGACUCAAAAUGGACCAAAAAGGACCAAAGUCGAACAAGGGAAUACAGUGGGUUUACAGCUAACCAUCGGUCACAAGAUGGCAUUGUCUUCUAUCAGUUACGUAGGAUGCUCCAUUUCCAUCUUCUGCUUGACUAUCACGCUGGUCACGUUUGCAAUUCUGUCCUCCGUCAGUACCAUCCACAACCAGCGUUAUCACAUCCAUGCCAAUCUUUCCUUUGCUGUCUUGGUGGCUCAGAUCUUGCUCCUUACCAGCUUCCAGUUUGAACCCGGGAUGGUGCCCUGCAAAAUCCUGGCGAUUCUCCUUCACUUCUUCUUCUUGAGCACUUUCGCAUGGAUGCUGGUGGAAGGCUUCCAUCUCUACAGCAUGGUGAUCAAAGUCUUUGGCUCGGAAGAGAACAAGCUCUUAUACUACUAUGGCAUUGGAUGGGGUGCUUUGGAAAAUAGCUUGACCGUCUCCACUCUGUGCUGUUGGCUGUCAUUGGAGAGCGGUGCCAUCUGGGCUUUUGUGGCCCCAGCUCUGUUCAUCAUUGUGGUUAAUAUCUGCAUCCUUAUUGCCGUGACCAGAGUAAUUUCGAGAAUAAGUGCUGAAAAUUAUAAGGUCCAUGGAGAGGCUAAUGCCUUCAAAUUGACAGCUAAAGCAGUUGCUGUUCUCCUGCCUAUCUUGGGAAGUUCAUGGAUCUUUGGCAUCCUGGCGGUGAAUGAACGAGCUUUGGUGUUCCAGUACAUGUUUGCAAUAUUUAACUCAUUGCAGGUCAGAGCUGCCUUUAAGCACAAAACGAAGGUGUGGUCACUAACCAGCAGCUCCAUCCGCAACAUCAAUGUGAAAGCUUUCAAUUCUGACAUUAUAACUGUAACCAAGCCCGCAACAACGCCAACCAAAGUCAACACUAAUGACAAAAGCAGUCAUUCUGGCAACAAGAUCGAUCUUUCCGCCGUCUGACAUCGGCCCCUGUUGGCCCUUCCUUCUGAGACCCAGGCAGACCACACCCUCAGGAUCUUCGAUUUGUUGCCUGACUACCUAUUACUCUCUGAGAAUUUGUUCCCGUAGGAAGCACCUCUUUACUUCCUUCCUGCUAAAUUGAGGAGGGGCAAAAUUGCCCAUUGGACUGAAUCCAUACUUUCAGAUUUUCUGGGCUUGGUGUGACCUCUUUUUGGCUGGGAGGACUAGCUAUAGAAUAGCCAAGGGACAUUUUACACUGGAUGGUCAUCUAAGCACUGGCAGGGAUGAAGCUGAGGAAGAUGGGUGGGGAAGCCCCAAAGGUGCUUUUUCAAGAGGCAGCUGGACUUUCUGGUUUUUCUUUGAAGACGUUUCACUUCUCAUCCAAGAAGCUUCUACAGCUGUGACCGACUGGUGCACUCAGAUGUUGGUGGUACACUUGUCCGCCCCAAGGAUAAAAUACCCAGACACAAACUGAGCAACGUUGUAUAUGCACUAUAAUGCAAUG